AUGUCAUCAAUGUGUACGGACGACGAAAUCGCAGCUCUAAGUGAAUUCAUGGAUAAAGAAAGGCCAAGUGUAGAAAUUGCACGACUUGUCACUCUCAAUAUGACAAAUGACGAACGAGAUCGUGUUAAUCUUCUAGAAAGAACGAAUGAUUUACUAUCACUUCGGGUCUUUUACCUCAGCAAAUACCAGAGCUUACCCCGUGACAAAUAUGAGAUGCUUCGAAAAUCAUACAGCAAAAUUUUGAGCAAAUUCACCAACAAUAAUUUGAAAGAGAAUAUUGCACAAUUUCUGAACACCUUAACACCCAACGACAGCGCUAAGCUGAAGGUAAAAAUACAUUAG